AUGGAUCACCCUCCGCCAACAGCCCGCGAGCAGAUGCUGGCUAUCGCAGCGCAAAGGGCGCUUUACAGUACGCAGCCGGAGGUCCGCACCAUGCAGUCCAUGUACUUCAAGCACGACAGCCAGCGCAAGAGAGGACCGCCCACACCUGUGAUGAGUGCUGGGACCACACCGCAGGAUGCCCCAGAGGCACCGGCCGCGAGCUCCGAUGAGCCGGCAUUGGUGGCACCAACCGUGAUGGAGGCGGAGGUGGCUAUGCAGACUACAACUGGUCAUUUUGGCAUCGACGUCAACGACCACAACGCCGUCAGCCAAUUCCUGCAACGGCCGGUGCAGACAGCAGAGGACGUUUUGAGGUUGGUCCAUGGGUACCACCUCAAGGUCAUUCGACCGGAGACCUUCGGCAUGAUCUUGCAGGUCGAGGCCGCGAUCAAAAGCAUGAACGAUCGCCUUUUUACCACAACGCAAGAGCUGAAGUUUCUGGCUUCGGAAAACCGUGCUCAGCAAAAGCACGCCUCAGGAAUGAUGCUGGUGCUUACGGGAUUUCCCCAGACCAUGCCGCCCCACGACCGAGCUUACAUGAUAGGGUGGAUGCUGCAGCAGGUUGAGGAUGUGAGGCGAUACCUCCAGAACCGCCGUCUACUUCCGGAAGGUGCGACUACUGAGGAGAUUUCUCCGGAGUUUUGGUUCCAGGUCCUUGCCGUGGAUCCCGUAACGGUUCCACAGGCGGGUGGCCACAGCGCAAUGACCAUGAUCACUUUUAAGUCAUGGGAUGUUCGCUCCUCUUUUUUAAGACGGUUUGGGGGCCAGUCUGGAACACCCCUUUACCACAACGCCGACACUGCCGUCGCCGGCAAGCAUGUGAAAGUCUCACCUUGUGCACCUCAGUGGCAGCGAAAGUUAGAAGCUCCAUUGAGGGUGGUCCUUUCCGCAGUGAAUGCUCACGAGGAUUGGCAGGGAAUGACCCUGACAAUCCUUUGGAAGAGCCUCACCAUCAUGAAACCCAGCCAGGAAAGGGACUUUGUCCCUGACCACACCGCCUGGGCCCGAUUGUUUUAUGAGGAAAAAGAUGGUGUGUUUCGAGGCCGACUCGAGGUAGCACGCGAGUUGGCCAAUGUUUUGUUGUCCCCAAGCAGUGCCGGUUCCGGAGAGGAAUCCCUCUGGACCGAGCACUGGAACAGUGUUAUUUGGGGCAACCAACACACCAUCGAUCAGCUUGAGAAGGAGUCCUUUCAAAAGGCGAAGGUCCAAGGCCACACCGCCGGAAAGGGAGCACUUGUGGGGAAGGGCAAGAAACACUGGAGCAAUGCCAUCCUCCACAGCGAUUUCUAUUCGCCGUAUCCUUUUGAGCUGGAGUUUGUUGGAGUAGAUGCCGUAGCGUUCUCCUGGGACGAGUACUGCGACAAGCUCGGAAAACCCGAGGAGAAAGUGGGCUCGUACUCUGUUGGGACCUACCAGGGCAAGCCACCCGUGGACCACACCGCCCAAGGCGAUGUUGAUAUGGGUCCGGAUCCUUUUGCUGAGCCUUCUGCCGAGCUCACACCGCAGGGGCUUUCCACAGCUGCGGGUAAAGGUAAGGGCAAGACCAAGUCCAAAGCCCCAGCCCCCAAAGCUGCUAGCUGA